CGAACAACUUAUACUUGCUGCUUCUCCACGCCAAGUUUCGAACAGUUUCCUUCGCGGCGCGUACGAUAGACAGAGCUCGUACGAAUCUGAGACUGGCUCCUAUCGAUUAUCAGCACGGUGAUAAGGUAAACUCUAAUUGGCCAACGGCAACCGGGAGAUACGAUCGUGGAAACAGAAGCACUUUCGAUUGCAUCUAAGCCGCGAGGAUUUACUUAGCUCUGUGCCGUUGAUCGAUAAAUCAUAUCGCAUGACGGUAACCAAGAUUUUAACAAAUGAGAAUAACAGUCGAAAUCGCGCCAUAUCUACCGCCACAUUGCCGGUGUUCAUUCAAAUAGAUAAAAUAAGAUAGGGGAAGGAGAUCGAAAUAAUAGAUCGAAGAAUAAGAAUCUUUCGAAUCGAAAAUCGAAAAGGAGGAGAAGGGAGAGAAGGUGAGAGAAGGAUCUUUCUACCGAUUCGAUGUGCUCGAGGAUGUGAAUUGAGAAUCGUUUAAAGAAAAAGAAAAACAGGAAAACAGUCGUCAAAGAUUUUUCAUUCUGGAAUUCUGAAAUCAAGGAUCGAAGACAUAUACACAUACACCAUGGAGAAAAAUGAAAAGGAAGAACUAGGCAAUCCCAUGAAAGAGUUCAAUAGCAGAACGAAAAUAGCCACCAUCGAAAUUGAAGGACACAACGAGAAGGACGGAUUAUACGAUCCCUUCGAAAAUCGUGACAAGAAAAAUUCCAAUUCAGAUUUUGGUGCCCUGGCUCAUCUGUUAAAAUCAUCCCUCGGUACCGGAAUCCUCGCCAUGCCGAAUGCGAUCAAAAAUGGCGGGGUGAUAUUCGGCGGAAUAGGGACGAUAAUAAUCGGUUUAAUAUGCGCGCAUUGCGUCCACAUAUUGGUUCGCUCGUCCCAUAUCCUGUGCAAACGUACGAAAACACCUAAGAUGACGUAUGCCGAGACAGCGGAAGCUGCGUUCCUUUGCGGUCCAAAAACCAUCAGGCCUUUCGCUAAUUUCAGUCGAAUAUUCGUAAAUGCGGCAUUAUGCUCGACAUACAUAGGCGGUGCUUGCGUGUACGUGGUCUUCGUAUCGACUUCGAUUAAACAGGUGGUGGACUUCCACACUGGAAUGGACAUACCGAUGCGUUUGUACAUACUCACACUGAUACCUGCGGUGUUAUUACUGGGGCAAGUGCGAAAUUUAAAGUUCAUGGUGCCGUUCUCUAUCGUGGCCAACCUUUCCAUGAUAACUGGUUUCGCCGUGACUCUGUAUUAUAUCUUCAACGACAUCAAAAUACCGUCGCAUGUGAAGCCAAUCGCCUCUAUCGAGCAAUUGCCUUCGUUCUUCGCUACGGUGUUAUUUGCCAUCGAGGGUAUCGGUGUUGUGAUGCCUGUCGAAAACAGUAUGAGGAAUCCUCACCACUUUCUUGGUUGUCCAAGUGUUCUUAACAUAACGAUGACUAUAGUGGUAUCUUUGUACACUAUACUAGGCGUGUUUGGAUAUUUGAAGUACACGGAAAAUAUCAAUGCGACUAUCACGGCAAAUAUACCAACAGAGGACAUACUGGGACAAGCGGUAAAAUUGCUCAUCGCCCUGGCAGUUUUAUUCACGUACGGAUUACAACUUUUCGUUCCGAUGGAUAUCAUAUGGAAAGCUGUGAAAGAGAAAUGUAGUCACAAGUAUCAAGGCCUGUGCCACACAUUAAUGAGAAUAUGUAUAUGUAUAUUUACAAUUUGUGUGGCAUUACUCGUUCCGGAACUCGAGCCGUUCAUCUCUUUGGUCGGUUCGAUAUUUUUCUCGAUACUCGGCGUCACGAUUCCAGCCAUCGUUGAAACAAUUUCUUGUUGGGACGGCCAUCUUGGCAGAGGCAAAUGGAGAUUUUGGAAAAAUAGUAUACUUGUGAUAUUCUCUCUAUUGGCGUUAAUAUUCGGUUCCUGGAUCUCCAUUACAAAUAUAAUCAAAUUAUAUCAAUAAGUUUAUUUAUAAUGUAUUCGCGUAUAUGGAAAAAAAGACUUUUUUAUAAAUGUAUUAAUAUGUUCACUGUAUACGCUGUAUAUAUAUCUUAUUGGUAAACUCGAAUUUGUUUGAAAACAAUAUGCGUGUGAUAUCGAUUCAAAAAAUAAGAUACAAAUUGAGAAUCAAAUUUAGAUGCAAAGUUUUACGAUGUAACAUAAAAAAAAGACUUUGCAAGGAAAUUAUUUGACAAUUUUAAUGAUUUUUAAUUAAAGAUUUUUGUCUGCAGUGAACGUGUUGAAAAGACUAGAUUCUGUUGAAUAUUUGUACAUUGUACUUACACUCAUCGUAAUAUAAUUUAUCAUGUAAUGUAAUCCGUAUUGCCAUAGAAUAUUUAUUUUUAACAGUAUUCGUGUAAUUUCGUGUACAUUGUGUAUUUAUUUCUACAUUAUACUAAAGAAUUUGUGUAAAAUACUGUAAUUAACUUGAUCGAAAUGAGAUGAAUGAUUAGAAAGAUUCGAAUAAGAAGGACAGAUGGAUAGAUAAAUCGAUUAAACCAAAUCAUUAAUCAAUUAAAAUUAUUAUGAUAUCGUGAUCAAGUAUUUAUUGUGAAUAGUUCAAAUUAGAAAUACAAUCGUUCUUUUUUUUUAAA